UAUCAGGAAUGCGCUUCCAGUGUGGUAACAUUCAGUUUUUUGCAAUAGAUGCCGUCUGCCGUCUUGUAAAUUUUGAUUUGCUUCCCGCCGGCUCUUGACGGUUUGCAUUUGGCACGUGCAGUUUUCUUUAUAUUUCCAUAAAAUACAACUUCGCACAUACUACAAAGUUCAACACUGAUGCUGGCAGUUGGGAUUUACUAUUUCAAUUGUUAGCAGUGUACAAUGUCGCCUUCCCCGAUCCGCUGUCGCGGGCCGUGGAAGAUACACAAGCGUUCCUCGGAGCCGGACAGGUGGUUGGAUGAGAUGGGAUUUUUCCGUAAACAUACAGCUAGGGACUCUAGCUGCCUAUUCCGGGCGGUCUCUGAGAACAUUUAUAACACUCAGCGAUACUUUCAUAAAGUCCGGCUGGAUUGCGUUCAGUUCAUGGCUUCCAAACGGCAUCUCUUCGAAGGGUCAUUGACUUGUCCAUUUGAAAAUUAUCUCAAAGAGAUGUCAAACCCAUCAGAGUGGGGCGGUUUAAUUGAAAUAUCGGCCAUGAGCCAUCUAUAUAGACGUGACUUUGUAAUAUUUGAAGCUAACAAGGGCCCUCAGACAAAGAUAUGCAAUGGUUAUGGAGACCCCAUAUACUUGUUUUACUCACCAGACACUAAACAUUUUGAUGUGGUUUACACAAAAGAUUUCAUAAACACUUCAUCCUACUGCCAGUCUCUAGUAUACGAAAUACUGUACGACGGUGUCUAUCAGCUAAAAGACUUAUCUUACGCCGUCGACAAAAUGCUCCACGACAAAGUACCCUCCAACCACAUCGAAUACUUUAUGUCGGAGAAUGUUGAACGUCGCAAAAAGCAGAAAGAAAGAGCUAAAAUAUUCAUAGAAGCUGCUGAUGAUGACAAGGACAGGAGCAGCAACGCGUUGGCGCUUAAAUGUAAGCACCACACUGAAGAUCUAGAAAGGGCUAGUCUGUUGAAGGAGUCUCUGAGUAUCUUCGUAUUCAAUCGCAGCCUAAUACAGCUUGAGAACGUAUGCAUGAACUGCUUGAACGUAAACAGCGCGAAAGACUUACUUGAUAAUGGAAUCACUCCGUUUCCUUACAAAGUUGCGAAAGCCUUAGACCCUGAUAUCUACAGGAACAUAGAGUUUGACGUGUGGAGCGAGCUCAGACGAGAAAUGCGUUAUGGCGCGAGAUAUUCUGAUGGAACGACCCUCCAAGUGGGCGUGAAAUGUUUGUGCAAACUGCAACCUGAACAGACUGUUCCGUAUCACUGCCAUAUCCAAGAAAUGCGACCUGACGGCGGACCCUGUCUCGUGUUUAUAGAGGAGCUUGGCGAGAAGCGAGUUGUCAAUUUUGAACAGCUGGAGCCACUCCCCCUCGAGGAAAUAAGACCGUGGGCCCCUCCCUACAGAUACUCGCGAGCUCAUUCUCAGUUCCUUACUCUGAGCCAAAUGUUACAACAAAUAGGCAACAUCACUCUGAAACAAGGUCUGAGCAAGGCCCGGAACAAGUCUAAGGUGGCUCCGGACGAGAAGGCUCCCGAGAAAGUGAGCAAGCCGAGCAAAGUGUCGUGGAACGAGGAGACAGGGCUAGCUUUCCAAAACAACGUCGACUUUACAUACCAGCACCUGGACUUCCUUAACUUUGAGCCAAUGCCUGUUGAAGUUGAAGCUCUCCCCCUAAUGGUGGACUGCAGGACGGGCGCGGGAGCUCCGCCCCUAGAACUCUCACAUCCUCAACCAAAUGGCGGCGCGCCAAAUGAGAAUCAUCAUAACCAGGCGGGAGGUAGCGGGGACAUGGUGGCGCAUGGGAUCGCUUCCCCGGCGUCAGUGCGGUCUUCCACACCGGCCUCCACAAACACGCUGACCACCUACACCAACGUGAUGAAUCCUGGAGGUGGAGGAGUCGGAGGUAAUGGCUACCCGGUGGCGGGCGUGGGCGCCAUGCCGGGCGCGGGCGGGGCGUGCGCGCCGUACGUGUGCGGCGUGAAGAGCGUGGUGUGGUGCGGGGGCGCGGGCGGGGGCGCGGCGCUGGGGGGGCUGGGCGCGCUGCCGCACGCGCCCCCGCACGUGCCGCCGCCGCCGCCGCCCGGCGUCAACGCGCACGUGUUCAAGAGCAUGCAGCCCAACGGCUCCGACCUGCCCAUGAACGACAUCCCCACGCUGCGCUUCUACUUCAACCUGGGCGUGGAGUGCGUGUGGGCCACGUACGGGCCGCCGCGCCACUACAGCCCGCGCGAGCUGGCGCACGACCUGGCGCACGUGUCGCUGGCCGAGCGCGCGCCCCACGCGCCCCACGCGCCCCACGCGCCCCACGCGCCCCACGCGCCCGACCACGCCCACAAGCACAAGCCCGCGCCCGCCGCCGACAAGCCGCCGCUCAACAACCAGCCCAAGGGCAACGGCCAGCGACCUCUGCUCGGGCCCAGGUCGGUGUCUCGAUUCAAGCGCGGAGGCGGUAACCAGGACGGCAAUCAAAAUUCCAACCACAACCAGAAUAAGCACAACAAUAAUAUGGGCAAUAAGGGCCCUAACAACCGUCGUAACUCUCACAGCGAGCAGCGCGGUCCUCACGUCGGCUACAGCGGCGCUGGCGAGGGAGAGUGCGUCAUGGAACAGCCCAUGAUCACACUGCCAUACAUCCCAUACCCCCCACCCAUGUACCCCAUACAAUACUACCCUGUCGAGACUGAUCCCGCUAUGAUGGGCAUGAUGGGCGGUAUGGGGUACGUGGGCUACGAGGAAGGAGUGUACGAGGGAGGCAUGCAGGCGUACUACCCCCCCGCGCCGCACUACCCGCCCCCGCACCCCCACCCCCACCCACACCACGUAGAGCACAAGCCGUCCCAGCGUCUACAUGCUCCGUAAUUCAUCAUCAUUCAACAAUCACCACACACAUUAGGUAAUUGCAUCCCCAUCGUUUCAUCGUUUUUCUAGCGUACUUCUUGGUUCCGAGCACAGCUACCCAUCUUGUGUACUCAAGCUCUAAUAAAUGAAUAAUUUGGACAAUCAAAAGUAACACUUUGACCAGAGUUCUUUUAUUUCCUUGUCAUUUUGCACAAACUAAAAUUAUCAAAAGAAAAGUACAGUUACACUUUUAGUAACAAUAAAAUAAUCUAUCAGAAUUUCAUUCAUAUACUCGAAUAAUCAACAAGUAUCAUAUAAAUGGUUUACCGAAUUGUGUGUCUUCUUGCUAAAAUUAUUAUGUCGGAACUCAUAGUCGAUUAAACGACUAAUUUGAGUUGAAUCGGUACAUACGUCAACAUAAACAAACUAACAAGGCUAUUAAUAACAAAACAAUGGAUGUGGUUGAGAUGUGUUGUCUGUCAACGCCGGCGUUCAGGAAGUAAUUCAGUCUACCACAUUCCAAGUGUAGUUGGAAGACAUAAUCAAGAACUAAGUAAUUAAUUAACCUAUCAUUCACGUAACAAGAUCAUUAGAUAUCUCCAUCGCACUAGAUUGUGGCAAAACUAAUUACAUAAUUUAAAUACUACUCAAGUUGUAUUCUAAAAUAGGAUUCAAUUCCAUUUUAGUUUAAAAUUUGAGUAUCUAUUUAUAAUAACCGAUAUUAUCACUGAGUAUAUGUUAACAUACACAUAUUACAUUUGUGAAACUAAUUUUUUAUGUGUAAUUGUAAUAUACACAAUACUAAACUGGAUAUGCACUGAAUUGAUCAUUAACUUGACUUAUGAAACAAUUUUGAAGUGAUCAUAAUCUUUUGAACAAAUAAGUAGUUCCUAGUACCCAUGUAUUUACUGUUGAUUUAUCAGUGUGUGUUCAGAUUAACAUGUAAACUAUCGGCUGACGUGAAUAAAUGAUGUAAUACAAAGUUGCCAAAUGUUUACCAUCGAUUUAUUAUAAGUUCAUUACACUCGGCCGAUUACAACUUGUUCACUAGUGGCUUGAUAGCAACAUGAGCUACUAAUUAGUGCCUGAAUUCAGUAUACAACGACAAUUGUCAUCAUAAGGUCGGUAUACGAAUUUUGAACGUGAAAAAUAUUGGAUAAAACGUAUCAAUGUUGCAUUAUUACAUAGUGCCACGCUGUGUGUGGGAUACAUUUGCAACUCGCGUCAAUUAUAUAGACAAAUAUUUGGAAAAAGUCAAUUAAACAUUUCAUUCGAAGUAACAGCCUAACAUUAUGUUUCAUACUACUAACAUUAGUUGCAGAUACCUGGCACAGAAUGGCACGAUCAUUUGUUAUUUAUUAAGAUGUGGGAAUAAACAAUCGAUAACUGUUUUUGAAAAAUAGUAAAAUUGUAUUAUAUGUACUUAACAUAAGGAGGGAAGGUCGCACAACCUUUGUUUCUGUACCGUUUCAAAUUUCCGAUUGUGAACUUCCAUAACUGUGAUCUAUUUGACUGAAACCUUCUCCAUUUGUAUAUGGCAAUUAAAUUAGUUUACUAUAUAAUUACUAUAUAGGAACCGUUUUUGAAAUUGUUAAUCCACAAGUGUUCAUUGGUGCUGCAAAAUUGAUUAGAACAGGGUAAGCGUGAUAUUUUUGUAUGUUACAGCAUUAUACAUACAUACAAAUGUUACGUAGUUGUUAGGCGCUGUAUAUCAUUCCUUGUAAUGUAAGGUGAAACUGUAAAUUUUAAGACAAUUUAUUGUAGUUUUUAUGUCGCAAAUUUAAGUUUCCUGUUUCUUAAGUAUUUUUUUAUCACUUAUCACGACACGUGUACUCUCAAGUUACACCUUAGCCGCAGGUACGACUAUACAGCCCGGGCUAGUUUCUAUGGGCCCUGUACCCAAGACGCAAUAUUAGUCGAGUCUUGUGUAGUGAUAAGUUUAUUUUUGGCUUAACUUUAGUUUAGUUAGAAUAAGUCAAGACGGUUUCACACGCCUCUGUUUAGGUUCGCACUAAGAUGAAUGUAGAUUUACUUUUAAAUAUUCUCAGAUCUCAAGCUCAAUAUAAACGCAGACCUUUUGAAUCUCCAAUUAAACAUUCAGCACUUUAAAAUAAAAUGUGAAUCCAAUAACGUGAACACAUCAAGUAUCCUACUUUGAUCUCAUUUAAAAAUAACAUUCGUAAGAAAACUGGUGCUUGGGUUUGUUAGUUGUUUACUUGUAUUUAAGUAACUUGUUCAAAUUUAUUAACAUUUAAUGUAAGCGGGACCAUUAGUAACCUUGUGAACAAGAAAAGUAUAUUAGUAUUAUUAUAGAUAUUUUCGCUACAUCGCCUAGUCUCUGCAUUUACUACGUUAGUCGGUGCACGCUGCAUCUAUGUCCAGAGGCUGGAGAGAUAGAGCCGAGGGAAAUUGUGAUCUCCUUUUUGGGAGAUCAACGUUCAGUAACAUACAUGCGCGCCAUAUUUAAUUUAACAGUUCCUUUUAUUGCUAUUAUCUUGUUUACGCGUGGCGGUUUGAGACCGCUUGUUACGUCUGCAGACAAUGACAAAAUUGACUCGUGUUUUGGAUUGUUUAUAUAAGUAUUUGGCUGUGAUUCUCAAGUAAUCUCAGUAACGAUUGGUAUUAUGUUGUUGGCUGACAUUUGUUAUACGAAAAACAGAUCGCUUUAUAUCUAUUACUAAUUACAUACCAGACAGUCGAGUUUGUCUGUAUGUACAAAUAUUAUUCCUUAUAAUAUUUGAUUGUUUAUUUAUUGAUCACUAAGGUUGUACCUUAAUUCCGCCCAUGAUUAUUAUACUUCACAUUUACACUCCAAACAUAAUUAUAUAUUAAUAUUUACUAUAUAUUACGCAUAGAUUUAUAUAUUUGCGUAUGGUAGCGAAAUCUUGAAUGUUUUACAGAGUUGUUAAAGAAAAUAUUAAAAACAAAAAACAAGUGUUCUUACGACAGGUUACGUGUCAUGUUCAUGUUAAUUAUAAUUUUCGGUUUUCAGUAUUAGUUUAAAUCACUAGGGGUUAGAGUUUUAUGUUAGUCGUUAAUUAAUGUUUACGUAACUAUAGUCUAGUGUUACUUUAUUUAAGUAUACCGUCAGUUACUUUGUAAUCUCGUCAGUUAGGGCGUAAAAUAUAUAUUUUUUGUUCUCAAUGUAGUUGUAUAAGUUUGUGUGCCAAGUUUAAACUUUGAUGUAUGAUAUAAACGAGCAGUGUCACCCAUGAGUAGCAUCUUGACGACCAACAUCACUGCCGUAGAACAAAAUUCUCGUUGUCAUAUCAGUGUUAAAGAUACAUUAGUAAAUACAAUAAUUGUGUUGUGAAUAAUACUAUUAUAGGUACAUGUAUGUCUUACUAUAUGGUUGUACAGUGCUCAAAGUUAGGGUAAUGUCCGCCUUUGAGAUGUUAUUUGUAAUUCUUUUUCAAAAUUCCAUCAAUAAAUGUAAACUGAUUUUUCA